UUUAACAGCACAUGUUCCAGAGUUGAUUAUACGUCACAUGAACCUUUGAGACAUAGCAUGGGCUCUUUUACGCAUACGCGGCAAAAUGGAUUACCUGAAAUACGGUUCUCUUUAAUGUUUAAAGCUUUGCAGCCGUUGGGAAUCUCAUUGGCUCUUAGCGGAUAGUCAACGACUUCAGUACUAUAAAUACAACACAUUUGUCUCUCCUUCACAGCAUCACCAUCACUUCUCAAACCAACUGACAGUGUUAAGAUCAAAUGGGUGAUAUUGAGGGAUCUCCGGGAAGCUCCAUGCAUGGAGUGACAGGGAGGGAACAAACCUUCAUUGCCUCAGUGGCUUCCCCUAUGGUCCCAACUGACACAACGGCAAAUUUUGCUUUGCCAGUUGAUUCUGAGCAUAAAGCCAAGGUUUUUAAACUGUUUUCCCUGGCCAAUCCCCAUAUGAGAACCUUCCACCUCUCUUGGAUAUCCUUCUUCACAUGCUUUGUCUCAACCUUUGCAGCAGCCCCUCUUGUCCCCAUCAUUCGAGACAACCUCAACCUCACCAAGAGUGACAUUGGGAAUGCCGGGGUUGCUUCUGUCUCCGGCAGCAUCUUCUCCAGGCUCACAAUGGGUGCAGUUUGUGACCUCUUGGGCCCUCGUUAUGGCUGUGCCUUCCUCAUCAUGCUUUCUGCCCCAACUGUCUUCUGCAUGUCGUUUGUGGAUGAUGCUGCAGGAUAUAUAGCAGUGAGGUUCAUGAUUGGGUUCUCCUUGGCCACUUUUGUGUCAUGUCAGUACUGGAUGAGUACCAUGUUCAACAGUAAGAUUAUUGGGCUUGUGAAUGGGACUGCUGCAGGGUGGGGAAACAUGGGCGGUGGAGCCACUCAGCUCAUAAUGCCCUUGGUCUAUGAAUUGAUCAGAAGAGCUGGAGCUACUCCCUUCACUGCCUGGAGAAUUGCCUUCUUCAUUCCAGGUUGGUUGCAUGUCAUCAUGGGGAUCUUGGUCCUAACCCUAGGCCAAGAUUUGCCUGAUGGCAACCUUGGUACCUUGCAGAAGAAGGGUGAUGUUGCCAAAGACAAAUUCUCCAAGGUGUUAUGGUAUGCCAUAACAAAUUACAGGACAUGGAUUUUUGCCCUCCUCUAUGGGUACUCUAUGGGAGUUGAAUUAACCACUGACAAUGUCAUUGCUGAGUAUUUCUAUGACAGGUUUAAUCUGAAGCUACACACUGCUGGAAUCAUCGCUGCUUCAUUUGGAAUGGCAAAUCUCCUGGCUCGUCCCUUUGGUGGAUACACUUCUGAUGUUGCAGCCAGGUUGUUCGGCAUGAGGGGCAGGCUUUGGACCCUGUGGGUCCUCCAAACCUUAGGAGGUGUUUUCUGCAUAUGGCUUGGUCGUGCCAACUCACUUCCCAUUGCAGUCUUGGCUAUGAUCCUCUUCUCUAUUGGCGCUCAAGCUGCAUGUGGUGCAACUUUUGGCAUCAUUCCUUUCAUCUCAAGGCGUUCUCUGGGGAUCAUAUCCGGUCUAACUGGUGCAGGUGGCAACUUUGGCUCUGGUUUGACCCAGUUGAUCUUCUUUUCAACCUCAAAGUUUUCUACAUCCACUGGUCUCUCCUUGAUGGGAAUCAUGAUUGUGUGUUGUACUCUUCCUGUGACUCUUGUUCACUUCCCCCAGUGGGGUAGCAUGUUCCUCCCUCCUUCAAAAGACAUCAAUAAGUCAACUGAAGAAUAUUAUUACACUUCUGAAUGGAAUGAGGAAGAGAAGCAAAAGGGUUUGCACCAGAAUAGUCUGAAAUUUGCUGAGAAUAGCCGUUCAGAAAGAGGUAAGCGUGUGGCCUCAGCCCCCACACCACCAAACACAACCCCAACCCAUAUCUAGCUUCUCUACUUUCCAAACAUUCACUCCUUUGUCGAAAUUUAUAACCCUUGGACGAAGAUCAAACGAACAAAACUUGGUUUAGAUAAAAUAUGAGUCAUUUGAUCCAAGUCGAACGGUUAUUGUUUAAUGCGUAAAGAGUGUCUUUCACACAUUCCUAGAUAGGAGUGUCUGGUCUUUCUGUGUAAGGAUUUGCGUAUAUACGGGUUAUACGCAAGAAUGAAUCAUUAUACCGAAAAAAAGUGAUGUAAAAAAUAAUUAAUAAAGCAUAUUGUGUUUGAAUUUUGUUGUGCAAAUGAUAUAUACUCAUAUUAUGAGAUGGGCACGUUGAAUAUUCUGAAUUGUAAAAGAAAUAGAGAAUAAAAUAGAGAUUCAGAGUAGAGAGUUGUGAGCUGGUAAAUGCAUGAUGUCACUAAUCCACUCUCAAUCAAAAAGUCAGCACGGAUCUAGAUGGUGGGAAUUCUUUGAUGACGUUUUAUUAAUUAGUGGAUAGAAAUAAUAUAUUAAUUCCUAAACUCCAUUAUUGUAGAUUUGUUUAAGGUAAGUUGCCUGAUAUCUGACCAACACAAUGUGAUUUCAAUAAUUAUAAACAUUAACUUGGCUUGGGUUCAGUGUGAACUCCGAAGUGUUGCAUCGAACCCUUUUGCAAAUUUUAUGUGUUAAUUACAUGGGUAACGUGCUUACGUCUGCUAACCACUAUCUGUCGUAUGCUACGUAUAUGCUACUUCCUGUUUCAUUCAAUUCCAACUUCUUCGGACGGCAAAUGCUAACCUUUGUGUUUGACAAUAUCAAAUGCCAAACAAAGUACAAGUAGUGUGAUAUAUGUCUGUGAGCUAGUCAGUUUUUGGGUACGAACGUAAAUUAUUAGUAUUUUUCAUUCCAGUUAUGGUAUAGACACUCAAGAAGCCAACAAGAUUGAAGCAAUUGUUUAUUUGCAGAUGGCUGCUUAAGCAGUA